CUGGGCGUCAGUUCAUUCUGUCGCGAUCCCUUCAUCCGCACAAAACAAAACAUUACUCGUUGACUACAGUACUCAUAUCAUCUAGUUCUUAAGAACAGGAUUUAUAUUUUUUGUGUAUCGUAGGUUACUAGAAAAAUGCAUUCCGGGACUUUGGAAAGAGACGGGUCACCGAGAAGAAGGAAGCUUUCUCGCGGAGUGAGUGAAGAUGAGUCACUUCGCAACAUUAUCAAGGAGAAGGAGAGUUCGGCCAGGCGUCUGACACGCAGUGACAGCAGAGGGGGGACCCUCAAGAGGAGAAGUGGGAGUCAGCAGUCUGAGGAGGAUCAGGAAAUGAUGAUGGAACUCCCUGAGAGGCUCGACCUGCAGGCGAACUACGACGAUGUGUUGCAGGAGCUGCGUGGGCUGGAGCUGCAGCGGGAGACUGUGUUGUUCCAGGUGGACGUUCUGCAGGACGCCCUGGAGGGGGCCGAGGAGAUGCUGGCCGAGGCCCAGAGAGAGGCCAGCCACGCCACCAUGGAGUUGGCGCAAGAGAGAGAAGCCAAGAGGAAGUUGGAGGACAUGGUCAGCUCUCUGAUGCAGGAGGUGGAGAGGCUAAAAGAGGAGAGGAAGACCAUUCCAGCAGUACCAGUGUACACACUCGUCAAGGAGCAGGAGCGGGAGGAGGAGAUGGCUAGACAACAAGCACAAGAAAUGAAAAUCAAAAAGGAAGCACAGGAACAAAUCAGAGAUGCACCAAGGGAUGAGGGCAAUUCUGCCAAAGAUGCACCUCUCUCUAUUAUCCGAUUGGACAGUGAGAGCCCCGGGUCCAACAACGGGCUAUCAUCGGAGACCAGUGCUGGGGGGCUGCUCGCCUCAUCCUUCAAAAAGGGGAGGGGGGAGCAGCCCUAUGACAGUCCAUCCCGGCCCCCUCCUCUCCACGUCGACCGGCUGGGGUCCUCUGUGGACUCUGAGGAUGAAGGAGAAGGGGCAGAGGACAGCUUCACCAAGUUCACUAAGAUGGUCAACAAGACCUUUGGACCGUUGGCGCUGGGUAGCCAGACCCCAGGAAGCAGUCAGGAGGAGAACAGGCGCGACAUCUUCCCAGAUAGGAAUAACGACACAGACAGCAUCAGCGCCUAUGAGGAUGCCUGCGCCGACACGCUCGAGCUGGAUGAGGGAGACGGGCCAAGGCUGCCCCAUGAUGAAGGCUCCCCGGUGGAUGAUGAGGAGGGAGAUCCAUCGAAUGGCAAUGAACCCAAGAGCCCCAAAAACCCCAAUGAUUCUUGCAUUCUGUCAUAAGAGCUGCAGAACUGUUGUGGUACGAAGGGUCAAAUGUGCUCUGAGAUCACUGCUCUCACUCUCUGCCCUCUUGAUAAUAUAAUAAUAUAUGCCAUUUAGCAGAGGCGUUUAUCCAAAGCGACUUACAGUCAUGUGUGCAUUCAUUAUUUUAUGUCUUGAAAAAGGGUUUAAAAAAUCUGUUAUUGGACCAGUGCGCACGUACAAUCCAUCUACACCAUAGAAGGGUAAUGCCAACAUUGGGAGUUGUCUUAAUGCAAUCAGGCAGGGUGGAAUUCCAGUAAUGUCUACAGACGUCUCUUAAGUCAAUCUUUCUCCUUCAGCAUGUUUGGCAUGACUUGCAAGGUUGCACUUAUGUGUUUAGUUUUCCUACCGUUCGGCACAAAAGGCAAAUUACCUCCCUCUGUUUCUUAGUGACUGAUGAUCACUUAAGAGUGUUUGCGUACACUGAACUAUCAGAUAUGUUUCAGGACACACCACAGACCUCUUGUAUUCUAAACAGGCAAAUUAUGUGAUUUAUAGAUCACAUACUGUUAGUGCUGAGCGAUUUAACAAAAAUGUUUUUUAAACAACUAAUUGACCGUCGUAGGUUGUUAUUUGAAUUCCAUUUAGUUCUGUUUUUUUCUAUGAGCUCAUUGCGCAGUUUCUCUAGAGAUAAGUCAGAUCAACCCGAACUGUGCGAUGUAGUAGGGAGUUGUAGUUUCCAACAGGCCAUUAUUCUACGUAGUUUAGCGCAGAAAUGUGGUAAUUAACUACAAUGACCAUAAUCCAUUGCGUGCCUACUUCCAGUCUGUGUGGGGCAGACACAGACGGAGAGAAGAGACAGAAGAUCGCGCGAUCGAGAGGGAUAGAGCAGUUGCUUCGUGAGGUAUCUCUACCUGAAAAUAAAUGAUCUAAAUGACCUAGUUUGUAUUCAUCAGUCAUAAAAUGUACAUCUUAUUUACUUUGAAGAACUACUAAAAUUGUGAUUUUGUCAGACAGCAUAGGCAGCAGCUCUAUAGAGAUGAGAU